AUGGACACCAAGCAUGCGGAUUCGCUCGACGAGCGUGACGUCGUCGUCGUCGACGCCGGCUGCGUCCGCGCCGUGCUGGGGGAGCUGGUCCUCACCUUCCUCUUCGUCUUCACCGGAGUCGCCGCCGCCAUGGCCGCCGGGGUGCCGGAGCUGCAGGGCGCGGCUAUGCCGAUGGCGACGCUGGCCGGGGUUGCCCUCGCGCAGGCGCUGGCGGCGGGGGUGCUGGUGACGGCGGGGUUCCAUGUGUCGGGCUACGGACCGAUGCUCACCGGCCUCAUCGUCGGUGCCAACACCAUUGCCGGCGGCAAUUUCUCCGGCGCUUCCAUGAACCCCGCCCGGUCCUUCGGGCCCGCGUUGGCCACUGGAGUGUGGACCAACCAUUGGGUCUACUGGGUCGGCCCGCUGGUCGGUGGCCCCCUCGCCGGGUUCGUCUAUGAGACAGUGUUUAUGGUGACGAAGACGCAUGAGCCUCUACUUGGUUGGGACUUUUAG